AUGACUAGCUGCUUGAUUGUGCACAUCCCGGACAAGGAGCCAUAUGACCUUCACCACCAACCCACUGAGAGUGUUUUUGCUUCAGCCAUCAACCCUAAGCAUGCAAACCAAAUUGUGAGGCGUUUGAAUCAGAUAGCACCGCUUGAAGAUCUCCGUCAUGUGAAACGAAUUCAGAAGAAGGUUCUUGAAGGAGGAGAAAUACAGCUAUUGGUGAUCUUGUCCCUGGCCUCUGAAGGCAACAAUCAAUUGGAUAGUAUGCCACCUCAUCUUCAGGAGUUGAUCAGUUCCUAUCACAACAUUGAUGGCAUUACUGGAUUUAGCGAGGAGGACUCACAAACAGUUUUGAAGUUUAUGCAAUCAGCUGUUGAGUUGGCAACAUCUAACAGCUUGGUAGUCAAUGCUGCAGUGAUAGUGGAUCCAUCAACUAAGCAAAUCAUUUCAAGUGCACGUGAUCAGAUUUAUGCUUGGAACUCUUGCAAAGACGACAGCUACUGUGGAAAGCCAGAAUCAUUUAAUUCCCAUCUUAAUAUUUCUAGUAUAUGUGAUUCCCAUGAACCAUUGCAUUCAAACAGUUCCUCCAAUCAGCUUAAACAACCAUAUACAGGUGUUGCUUGUUUAUAUCCUCGGCAAUGGGCUGAGCAACAAUCUCAUUCUCAGAGUUCAUAUUAUUGCCACCCUUUGCGACAUGCUUCCAUUGUAGCUAUAGAAUCAUCUGCUGCCAGGGAUAGAAACCUUUUUCCCAGUGAGGGGAACAAUGAAGCAAGUUACCAGGAAUUGGAUAGUGAGAACGCUUCUUGGACUAACUCUCCUGCAAAGAGACAGAAAACUGUGUGUGGAAAUGAUGAGGAUGAUGAUAAAUUGAAUCCUCGCGGUCAGACUUCUGAUCAGUCGUCAACACGACCGUACUUAUGCACUGGUUAUGACAUAUAUCUUGUUUGGGAACCAUGCGCGAUGUGUGCAAUGGCCCUUGUCCAUCAGAGAAUUAGACGAAUAUUUUAUGCUUUUCCAAAUCCUAACGCCGGUGCCUUGGGCAGUGUUCACAGAUUACAAGGUGAGAAAAGCUUAAACCAUCAUUAUGCUGUUUUCAGGGUUUUGUUACCUGAAGAAGCCCUUCACAAGUUUCAUAUUUAA